ACACAUUUUAAUAGGAAACGUCUGAUUACCGAUCGUUGGAAUAACACGUGCGUCCACUUUAUUAUAAGAAACGGCUUUGAUGUGUUUGUGGUCGGGAAUCUCUUGAAAGAAGUAUAAAUGGUAUGGGCUUCGAUAGUGAGUUUCUAUCAAUGUGUCGAGAGCUUUUCCCUGAGGUGGUCCUUUUGGAUUGGAACGAGGAAAAAUAUGCCCGCCUCCAGGGAUACCUUCAUCUUUCCCAGGGAGAAGUGGAACUGUGUCUGGAUCUUCGCCUUCCCUUAGCUCAAUCUCGAAUCCGUGGAUGUUGGAAAGCAAGACAAUUUCUCUUUCAUUCCCCUCUUUCAGUUGGCAAGAUAUUGGAGGAAUCUAGCUCCCCUCAUCACCUCCUUCAACAGCUCCAUCUUCUUUUGAGGGAAGGGGAAAAAGCGUUGAAUACGGCGGAACCGAUUACGAGGAUGGUCUUAUCCGAUGCGGAGAUGCUGAGAGAUGUGGAAACGAAGAUUGGCUGGUCUCAUGUCACCUGGAUCUCCCCCGAUUUUCGAGACGUUCACCUGGAAUGCAGGGAUCCGCAUGGGAGGAGGCACGAGUUGAGAAUCCGGAAUCGGGAACGGGUGCACGUGGAACUCCCCGGGGUCGGGAAGCGGGAGUUGCCCUGGAAACCCGGAACGCGGUUGAAUCUCAAAGACACUUGGGACUGGUUCGUUAAGGAGGUGGAGGGAUUCCAGGUCUUUUGGGACGCCAUGGAGGAACUGGACGAGAGAUUGUGGAUCCUGGAUCCUCCUUCCCGGGCUCGGCUGUCGGUCGACUAUCGACGCUUUGCCGCCGGUCCGGGCCUGUCGAUCCAGAUGGUGGUGAAGCCGGAAGAGCCGAGGGCCCUGCCGGCGCUCCGAUUCCUCGGUCCCGAUCACCUCGUCUCACCCCUCCGAGACACCCUCCAUUCACGCCUACAUGAAUGGAAAGAAGAGAAGGGCUUGGUGGAGAAUCUGGAAACUGUUUUGGGCCGGGAAUUACCAUCAGGGCCCAGGGAUGGAGAGAUGGAGGUGGAGACGAAUCAAGAAUGUGGGAUCUGCUAUUCCUAUCGUCUUGGGGAUGCCAUUCCGGAAAAGUCCUGCAACGAACCCCGAUGCGGUCGACCCUUUCACACUCAAUGUCUGAUUGAUUGGUUGCUUUCCGUGCCGAGCUGUCGACAGAGCCUGAACAUGAUCUUCGGGGAAUGUCCCUAUUGCAACAAGGUCUCUUUGCUUUCCCUUAUGUGA